GCAUGCAUCAAAGGAGCCUACACACACAGCACCAAAACAUUCUGCCAAAGUGUUCGGGUCCCUAACUCACUUGCAUGGUCGUUAAUCGGCCGACAUGAUGUUUACUGUGGUAUCUACGCCUCGUCCGGGGACUUGUUUUUUAGUGGAUCUCAUGAUGGUGUUAUCCGUAUAUUUGACUCCUUUGGCGCCUACUUGCGCCUGCUGGAAGAAAUCCCCUGUCCCAAUUCGUAUUGGAGUGUUGUUUCACUGUGCCUAAGUCCUAGUGAACGACUCUUGGCCUACACUAUACUCUCCAGUCAAAUUCACCUAAUUUCUCUGGACAAGUCGGGCACACGCGAUCGGGUCAAAAUUGUGGACGAUCUUUCUGAUCAAGGAUCCGUCUCUAAAACGUUUUCUGUCUGUUUCGAUGGGACUGGGACGCGUCUAAUUUCGGGGAAUGAUCUGGGUUACCUUCGAAUACAUGACAUCGAAAGCGGUGCUUGCGAAUUGACGCCCAGUUCAAACAAGAGGGAUAUGAACGCUGUGACGACCCUUGAUGCGGCUGGCCAUUUUAGUUUAGCGGGCAGCGACGACACGACUAUUCGAGUAUGUCCCACAAGAUCUACUCCGGGGGACGGCGUUUAUUUUCUUUCAAACAGCAAAGAUCAGACUGUCCGACUGUGGGAUUUGCGAAAGCACACCCAAUCAGGAAAAGAUCAGUUUUGCCGACCUCGGGCGAACUGGGAUUACCGAGUUCACUCGAUUCCGAAAACCUACACCAACCCGCGCCACUGGCAUAGUGGCUCUAGCCGUGGUGAUCAAUCCGUACUCACUCUGAGGGGUCAUACAGUUCGCUACACACUCAUUCGUGCCCGUUUCUCCCCGGCCCAUCAGACUGGACAGAGAUACGCUUAUGCUGGUAGUACCUUGGAUGGUUGGUGCAUCUGGGACCUGUUCACUGGCGAGCUGAUACGGCGCAACUCCCAUGGUCCACAUGCUGUGCGAGAUGUAUACUGGCACCCCUGGGAACCGCUUGCAAUGGCCUCCGAGCUCAACGGCUCUUUGAGUUGUUGGAAAUCGUGUACGAAGGAUCUCGUGGAUGCUGACGAAGCCGUUCACAGUGAUCGCGCUCGUUUCGAGUUAUACGAUCCUGAUGGCGGGCGUUAUCGUAAUCGGCUUGCAGAGUCGGGUCUCCUGUAUAGAUUUCCGAAUGAAACGGAAAUCGGCCCCCUUACCUCCGGUUCCUCUCAGUCCACAAUAAGUGACCUCCAUCAAGAUGAUGUUGAAACGGUGUCGUCCAUUGACACAGACGAUUCGACGUUGGAUACAGAAUACGAAUACAUCGUUCGCGGUUACAGUUGGGCUGGCAGCGAUGAAUCUGACCCGGACUUUGCCAUGGAUGUGUCCGACGUACAAAAUUACACGAAUGACAUGGGAGAAAAUUCACACAUUCCAGUCACUCGGAGUCAAACAAGGGGUAGAGGAACAAGACGUUGUAGACGUUCUCGUGAUAUCAACUAUCCCUAUGCUUGUUUCCGUUUUCAUGUGCUCAUCUUGUCAAUUUUUUCUUCAAUUGAUAACAUGACUUUAAUUGGGGUGAGAUGCCUCAAGUGGUUAGAAUGCGAAUUUACUGACCAGAAUAUCUGUGGUUCGAAUCCGACCUCUGCCUCUCGACUUCCCCUCUCUAGGCUUGGGCAACCUGGCAGUAUCCCAGCCCUCGUGCAACCUUCGGGUGACAUGACAGUUUGGCACCGAAAGGGUACUACAGCUGAACGACGAACGAACCGAUGCCGUUUUCCCGUUUAUAUUCAAAAAUUAGUCAAGUCGUGUACAAACCUUGUUAUUAGCCGAUUUCAAGUUUUUACCGAAGCGCCUUGUUUGGACUCGCCGCCCUUAAUGCUCCUCAUGAAUUGGAGACCAGGUCUUGUUGUAUCGUUCAGCUGUAGCACUCUUUCGGGGCCCAACUGUCACGCCACCAGAAGGAAGCAUGAAGGCUGGGAUACUGCCAGGUUGCCCAAGCAUAGACAGCGGAGGUUGAGCGGCAGAGUUCUUGUUGUGGAGUGGUGGUUUAUGCAACCCUCAGUAUGCAAUGUUUGUUCAAAACCUUCAAUCCACUUCAUCAGACACUUCCGUGUGUCUGAUGAAGUCAGUGCAAGAAUCUCAAAGGAUCGAAUCACGUUUGCUAAUUUGUGUCACUUGUGGCGUCAAAAAGGCAUCUCACUGGAUCUUAAGGGUCGCGUGUACCAGGCUACAGUAAGGGCUGUGUUGUUGUAUGGGUGCGAGACAUGGCCUCUGCGGGUAGAUGAUGUGAGGCGUCUUCAGGUUUUCGACCACCGAUGCCUCAGAAGCGUGGCUGGUUUCGGAUGGCAGCGUGUCAGUAACGCGGCGAUUAGAAAACGGGUAUUUGGUUGUGUUGCAGGCACCUCAAUCCGGGAAAACAUCCAGUAUCAUCGACUGCGAUGA